GCCAUGGUGGCUGAGCCGUCCCUCUGCGUGUCCAGGGACAGGCUGGAGUUCUCUGCUGUCCAGUGUGGGCAGUGCCAGGAAGAAACCAUCCAGCUCCACAACACGUUCCAGGUCCCCUGUAAAUGGUCCAUCAGCAUGACUGAUCCUGUUCAGGAGGUGGACAAACAUCUGCCAGGGAGCGAGCACCAGAAGCUGCUGGAGGAGAUGAAGUCUGUGCCCUGUGGCUUUGAGGUGCUGCCCUCAGCUGGAAGCCUCGCUCCAGGACAGCAGUGCCACGUCCAAGUCCGUUUUUCACCCACGGAAGAGAAGUGCUACCGGGGCGAGCUGCAGAUCCAGAUUUGCCAGAGCAGCCAACGCCUGCAGCCCCUACGGACACCAAAAGAUGACAACAGCCCCAACAGCUUGUUGCUGCCUCCUUGUGCCCCGGGAGAGAAGCUGACUGAUGAGGCCCAAGGAAGGGGCAUAAAAAUAAAGGUGAGAUGA